AUGUCGUGUGUCGUAUUUUCUUCACAUUGUCGUACGCUGCAGGCUCUCACAGACAAGCCGUUUGCCCCGUGGAUGCCUGUGCUCGAUACAAGAGAGCGUUUCAACAGUGACAAUCAGAUGUGGGCGUGGAUUAUAGGCGCCACCUCACAGGAGAUCAUCUUUGUCGUAUGCCGAAACG